CUAGAAAAUGUUGCCACUCUUCUUUCUCGCCACAAUCGUGGUAGCCUGCCAAGGGUCGGACCUGGAUCCGACCCACCAAAUUCACCUUCUCCGGCCACAAUCGGGUUCUCACGGUGCCCCGGUGCCGGAUGUCUCAUGCCUAAGUUGGCGACUCGGGGUCGAAACUCGCAAUAUUAUUGGGUGGUCAACGGUCCCAGAAGAGUGUGAAGGGUACGUGGGGCACUACAUGCUAGGCCACCAGUAUCGGCAAGACUCUAAAGUUGUUGCUCAGGAGGCUUUAGUCUAUGCUCGGAGCCUCAGCAUCGCCGGCGACGGCAAGGAUGUGUGGAUCUUUGACGUCGACGAGACUUCGCUCUCUAAUCUGCCUUAUUAUGCCAAACAUGGAUUUGGGGCGGAGCCUUAUGAUUCUACGUCAUUCAACCAAUGGGUCCUUAAAGGCAAAGCACCAGCAUUGCCGGAGAGCCUGAAGCUGUACAAAAAGCUGUUAUCUCUUAAGGUUAAGGUUGUCUUCAUAACAGGAAGAGCAGAAGACCAAAGAAAUGUCACCACAACCAAUCUAAAGCAUGUUGGAUACGAUACUUGGGAGAAGCUUAUACUCAAGGGCUCAUCAUAUACUGGGAAUACAUCCCUGGUGUACAAAUCAGCUGAGAGGAAGAAGCUUGAGAAGAAGGGAUAUACAAUCAUCGGGAACAUUGGUGAUCAGUGGAGCGAUCUCUUGGGGGCUAAUGCGGGCAAUCGGACCUUCAAAUUACCGGACCCAAUGUACUACAUUAGUUGA